AUGACAGAAUACAAACCAUUUCCACUAGCAUCCAAGGUGACUGAAAUCAUUAAAUCUAUCUACAACAUUGAAUCAGAUAAGGAAGCCUGUCAACCUCACAUUGUUCGAGAGUUUUUCGAUAAAGCAGCCGAGCAAAUUGAGACUUCCCCUGUAGAGAAGGAGGAUCGUGAAAUCACUUACAAUAACAUCAAGGUCAAUAUUUCUAUUUUGCGUCCUGUUGGAUCCAAGGACAAGGUGUUGCCUGUCAUUCUGUUUCUACAUGGUGGAGGAUGGGUCUUUGGAGGCUACAAUAGUCAUAAAAUUCUCACAAAUGAGUUGGUGAAUUUGGUGCCUGCUUGUGUUAUUUUCGUGCAUUACUCAUUGAGUCCAGAGGUGAAAUAUCCAGUUGCAUUGGAAGAAUGUUAUGCGACUCUUUGCUGGAUCCAGGAAAAUGCCUCUUCACUCCAUGUCGAUGCCAACCGUUUGGCUGUAUCUGGAGACUCGGCUGGUGGUAAUCUAUCUGCUGCCCUGACAAUCCUAGCCAAAAGCCGUCAAAACAAGGGCAUCUCCUAUCAAAUUCUCUAUUAUCCAGUGCUUGGUGUUGAUUUUUACAAUGAAUCCUACACUCAAAACAAAGAUAACGUGUUCUUGCCUCGCACUACAAUGCAGUAUGUAUGGGAUGCUUACACAACAAGCAUAGAUCAACAUACUGUGCCUACGGUGGUACCCAUGUCAGCCUCAACAGAAGUAUUGCAAGAUCUACCACCCGCGCUCAUCAUUACUGCAGAGUCUGACGUGCUGAGAUCUGAAGGAGAAGCCUACGCCAAAAAGUUGAAUCAAGCUGGUGUAGAUGCGAUUUGCGUUAGAUACAACAGCAUUGGUCAUGGAUUUGUCUCGAUGCCUGUUUUGAGACCUCAAGGAGUUGCUGCUAUUGCUCAAACGGUAGAUUUAUUGAAGAAACACUGGAGUUCUGAUUCUAGACUAUAA